AGGAAAACAACUGAUGACAGUUUUGAUGACUCAGACGAGGAACAAGAUGAUGAAGAGAAGGAGAUUGAUGAUAUUGAUGAUGUCUUGCAAAUAUUUGUGAAGAAAGGCAAGGGAGCUGGCAGGAGAUCUAAGUGGCCUGAAAAAGCACUAGAUGACUUAAUUGACAUUGUUGUCAGUAACAGCAACUUCAAAACAAAGCUUAUCUUCACCAACAGCAAAAACCAAAGAAAUGGAUCAAUUUACGAAAAGGUAUUAGAAGAGCUAAAGGCGCGGGCUUCUAGCAGAGGUGAGGAAAUCACAUUUACUGCCAAUCAGUUGCGUAGCAAGUUUAAGAAAUGUGUUGGCUUCUGUAAGCAGGCAGCUCUCACACAAAGAACCGCCACAGGAAUCAAGAGGUUCCAAGAGGACCAUGGUUUCGGGAAGUGGUUUCAUGCUCUCUUUGAAGUUGUCAAGACAAGAGACUCCUGCCAGCCAGAACGGGCACUGGAGCCAUCCUCGUCAAACUCAGGGAGGACAACCCCAAGUAGUGAGGGGCUUGAAGGGGAAGAAAAAGACCCAUUGUUUGUUCCUGUUAAAAAUGUUAGAAAAAAGCAAACAACAAAAGAGAAGCUGGAUGCCACAACACUUGAAGCCAUGAACCUUGUCAGAUCAACCAUCGAAAAUGACCCAAUCAAAGAACUAAUCAGUUUUAUGAGGGAAGAAAUGGAGAAAUCCAGAGAACAUGAAUUUAAAUUUCUUCAAUUAAUGUUAUCCCAAAGGCCAAAUGGCAACUCUGAUUCUUUUCAAACCAUGCAA